UUUUGCGGAACCCCGGGGUCCCGCCAAAUGAUUCAAUUGCAGGGCUGCCGCCUCGCGUUUUGCCACAGCACAACACAUCACAAGAUAACAGCUCCUGUAAUUUACCCAGAAAAGCCCAAUUUAUUCUCACUGCCUUUUUUUUCUGAAGUUCGUCGAAUUGGCCAAUUCGACGAAUGAUUGCUUGACAAGCAGAAGGAAACCAGAGUGCCUGGAGAAAAAACCCAGCACAAACGUGAGUGGGCACAAUUAGAGUCUAUAAUCCAUUGCGGUAUUACCAUCUCCAGACCACCUCGGAGCCCAAGCCUACAAUUCCUGGUUUUCCCUGACAGUCUCCCAAGCCGAGCACGAAUUGGGCUCAACCCUGCUUGGCUUAACGGUCAUUCGGUCGUAGGCCAAAUCGCCCUUAAUGGGUGCCCCAGCUACCCUGGCACUAGACCUCGGUUUCAUAAGCACUUUUUGGACUCAUUUUGGCCCUGGUCUUUUAGUUUAAUUUUUUGCCAUGCCUCUCUCUCUUUCCCUUCCACAUGUCGCCUCCUUCAUGUCUCUCUGGGUUAAUAUCCUCCUUUCCACUCCCCAACUGCACCACCACCCUCUUGUUUUGCUCCCUCCCCCUCCCCCCCAUUCUCAUUGGGACGUUACUGGUAUUCUGCUGUAUAAAUUAGAUUUUGUCACUGGUGUACCUGUGAAGCUAAAACCAUCCUGCACAUCCGCUAGCACGUUUUGCUACGUACGGUGCGAAUGAAGUUCAACGUACAUACGUACAUUGUUGUUUUGCAUUCUCCCCACCUUUACCACUCCAUACUUGCCCAGAAUGGUGAAGUAUGGUCAAAUAACCUUCACUGCAUGCACAUCGAGGGGAGGAACCUCACCCAGCAGUAGAUUAACUAAUAAGCUCUCUAUGUACAUGCACUUGUUAAUGCAAUGUUCCCUUGGGACUUGCAGUCUCCGUGGCCUCUGAUGGCAAUAAUGAUUCUUAUAAAUUAUAUAUUACUGCUUCCUCCCCGUGUUAUUCUGACCCCUAUUCACGAAACCCAACUUCUGUACGCAUGACUGAAGUCCAGUUUACCGUCACAUAUUUUCUCGCACAGAUUGCACUUUGGUUUUAGAAUGUCGCCAAGCUGUGGUGGCAAGGCAGGCAUGUAGUCCAGCACUCUGGAGGCAACAAGGGUUGGUGGAUCGCACAAAGACCCGUGGAAACCCCCCUUUCCCGUGUGUGUCGAGGUGCAAUAGCUUGGCUCGCCAGGAAAAGGCAGUGCAGCAGGUGGACUAAGUCGUCAUCCUUUCCCUUCGAAGACGGAGUGUCGCGCCCUUCCAACAGUGUUUUAGAGGUUGAAGGGCUCUCUUUCUCUUUGGAGAGUGUGAGUGAGUUGAGUGUGUGGAGUUUGUAUGCUUUGCCCCCUGUUCUGCAUGGGGGUUUCCUCACGUGCAGCGUCACGGUCAAGUGCGCCACCGUCUCGGCAGUGACCGUCAGGAAUGACCAUCAGGAGGACGGUGCACUUGAGCUCGGUGGAUCUUACGGCGAGACGGCCACCGUGGGCCCUCCGCGACAGCCCUACAGGAUGGGCUGCGUGCGCGUCGUGGAGCCCAUUGUGGCGCUCUUCGCCUUCGCGGUGUUCCUCUCGUCGCCGCUCAAUCAGCAGUACAUCUACCGCCGCUUUGGCAACUUCAGCACCAACGACAGCACCGGCUCCACGUGCAGCCCCAACGGGAGCGAUGUCGAAGACGAGCUCGAGAAGGAGGCACAGGCAGCUGCAUCCCGAUUCCAGGUACGCCUGGACCUCGUAGGGUUCUUGCCGGCCGUGCUGGCCUCGCUGGUGCUGGGCGUGUACAGCGACACCAGUGGGCGCCGUCUCAUGAUGAUACUGCCCUGCAUUGGCUACAGCUUGGAGAGUAUCGUCUACAUUCUCAUCGUGAGCCUGGAGCUGCCUCUCCCCUGGCUAUACCUGGGCUGCCUGCUGCGUGGAGCGACAGGAGGUUACGCCUCCAUCCUGGCCGGAAGCUUUGCGUACCUCACCGACGUGGCCAACCCUGCCAACCUCAACAUGCGCGUGGCCUGUCUGGACAUGCUGAUCGGGAUCAGUGGUGGCAUUGGUGCCGUCAUCUCAGGCCACAUGCUCCAGGCCAUGGGCUACGCAUUCGUGUACCUGUGCGUGUGCCUUAUCCUGGUGCUCUGUAUCAUCUACGUGGCGUGCGUCCUCGAGGAGACUAUAACGAAGGAUAUUCACGUGGAGUCUCUGAUUCCGGCCGAGGACGGACAAGAUGACUCCAUCGCGACAUGCGACAGCGCAGCGGAGAUCAGAAUGCGCAUUCCAGCGGAGGCGCGCAAGAAGAGGAACGUCCUCACAAAGCUUCUGAAGCAAAACUACAAGAGCUUCAGCAACCUGUUUUGUGAGGUGGACAGUGGGGUUCGCAGCAGCGGCGGCCCGGGCAGCAAGCGGUGGCGUCUCGCGCUGCUGCUCGUGGCCUUCACCUUCUACCUCCUGGCGGAGAUAGGCGGCUCCUUGCCGGUGUCUCUGUUCGAGAUGAAGGCGCCUCUGUGCUGGGACGCGUUGCUGCUGGGCUACGGCUCGGCGGUGGGCUUCGCCAUCUUCAUCACGAGCUUCGUGGGCGUGACGGUCCUCUCGCGUUGCCUCUCCGACCCGCCCAUCGCCCUCAUUGGCAUCUCCACGUUCACCGUAGGGAUGGCGAUGAUCUGCGGCGUGCAAACCACGCUCAUGAUGUUUCUCGUGCGCCUACCCCUGAUGUUUACCAUCAUGCCCGUCGCAGUAAUGAGAUCUAUGAUGUCCAAGACCGUUUUGCCAAGCGAGCAAGGAACCCUCUUCUCGUUGGUGGGAUCCUUGGAGUUGCUGGCUGGCAUUGUGGGAUCGGUGGUGUUCAACAAUGUCUACGCCGUCACCGUGGGAUGGUUUGCCUGCUUGGUUUUCCUCCUCUCGUCUGCCGUUGCAGUCAUCCCGUUUUUGAUCUUGAGCGUCCUUUGGUGUGAUGAGAUCAUGUGCAGGAGACGCAGGGGAAUAUCUGCUCUUCAAGAUGAGAGUGCCCAAACUCACUAAAAAUGCCAGCGUUGUCGGUUCAACACCAGAGCCAAUGGGAUGCCGAUUGAAGACGGAAAAGGGAUUUCCACUGUAGAUUGUCAAUGAUGCCACUGUCCAAAAUGCUGGCGAUGUUUAAUGCACUAUGCAACAACAAAAAAUGUCGGCCACUCCGAAAGAAACUAAGCCGGAGUUUUUUUUUAAUGUACGUAUGCUAAGGUUUGUUUACAAACAGGAAAUAUUGAUAGCGGUUUUAAAUGGGGAAACAAUGCAUUUUAGCUACACAGGGCUACGUUUGAAUGGCAAAUUGUUGCCAGUUCCCAAAAAGCAAUAUUCUGGUUUCCCUUAAUUCACUAUGAUAACAAUUGCACUUGAUUUGCAAACAAGCCAUAUUUUACACAUCAUACAAUUAACCAUUGCUGCCCUUGAGCACAAUAAUAACCUUGAGGGACAAUGUUUUUCGUCUGUACUGCACACUGAAAUCUGUGCAAUUGCAGAGCUCAUUGCAGCGCGUGUUUGGCUGGCGUGAAUCCGCUGCCCGUAAAUGCUUGCCUUCCACAGCACUGCCAAAACGGGAAAAAGGGGAAUCCUAGAUCGUGUAUAUCCCCCCCCAUCUAGUGACGCAGCAAGUCACAAUAAUUGCACUCACGCUGCACGUUGUUGCAUUGGAAUGCGUUGCAGUCAAUGAAGAAUGCGCUUAGAUCACCGUUUCGUGGUGGUGGUGGUGGUGGAGUUGUAAACACAGUCGUACGUGUGCACUUUAUUUGCGUUUUAAAACAAACUUCUGCUUAGUUGUGAUGUGUGGUGUCCGCACACAGGUGUCUUGAAUGUAAUCAAGCCACAUACACGUGUGUGUUCCAGUUAUGUUUGGAUUUUUUUUAUCCCAAUGUAAUUUUUAUGCAAUAGUUUAAAUUAAAAAAACACAUCCAAUACUAUCAAUGAUAGUAAUACUGUACUCAAUUUAGACUAUUUGCCUUUUUAUUGUUUCAUGACUGACAACGUUUUUCCUGUUUUUUCUUAUCAGUAACGAUUGAUACAAAUAUGCUUUCCUUAUAAAUAUGAAGGUGUGGUUAUGGAUGGAGAGAUAAAACAUAAUUUAUCUUGCCAUGUUAAACUGAACCAAUGUCGCGAAUGUCAAUUAUUUGCAUAAGGACAAUGAAUAAACAUACUUUCCUAAAUUACAUUGCCUUAAAAUUGGGACAUAUUAGACUAACGUUUUGGGCAAAGCUCAAUGAAAUUGAGAUCUGUAACAACUCGUAAUUGCAUAUUUAUUGCCCAGAUGGUAGCACUCAGCAAUGUGUACCUGAGCCUCAGGUGCUGAUCUUAAGAUGAGAAUAUUGAGAAUACUUUAAUAAAUGAAAAAAAUCAAA